GGAAAAGAAAAAGAUUACGUCAUGCAAAUUCUUAAGAGCUGUCAUUUUGGAGCUGAUAUUGGAUUGCGUGUCCUAAUUGACAAAUCUCUUGUGUUCAUCUCUGUAAAAAAUACGACAGAAAUGCAUGAUGUAAAAUAUACGAUAGAAAUGCAUGACUUAAUACAAGAUAUGGGUAAAUAUGUGGUGAACAUGCAAAAGGAUUCAGGGGAAUGUAGCAGAUUAUGGCUCUCCGAAGAUUUCGAAGAAGUGAUGGUCAACAAUAAGGGGACCAAGGCAAUGGAAGCAAUUUGGGUUCCUUAUUUUAAUAAACCAUGCUUUAGCAAAGAGAGCAUGAAAAUAAUGCAAAGGCUUAGGAUGUUAUGCAUACAUGAUUCAAAUUGCCUUGCUGGCUCCAUUGAGUAUCUGCCCAACAGCUUGCGUUGUCUUGUCUGGAAUAACUAUCCUUGUGAGUCAUUGCCAGAAAAUUUUGAACCCAAAACGCUUGUUCAUCUUGAUCUCAGCUUCAGUUCACUGCAUCAUUUAUGGAUGGGAACAAAGGUACAACUGGAUUCUAUUUUUUUCUCUCUAACUAUCGCUGUCCUUUAAUUUAGUAACAUUGAGAAAAUAUUACCGCUUUCAUCCUGUUUAAUUUGAGAUACUUUCUAUGUUGGCUUGUCCUAUAAUUAUGAUGCAUGUCCCUGAAUGUAAAAUGUUAUUAAUUCCGAAAACCCAAAAUGAUAUAUGAUCAUUCUGUACAACUAUUUUGUAGAAUGGUAUAUGCAUCCUUUAGUAAUGUUUUCUUCAAUCUUUUUAACAUUUUCUAAAUUGUAUACUAUAUAAGC